AGGGUUCGAGAUCAGCUGAUCCCUCACAGCCUGGCGCGGUGAAAAGAAGACAGCAGCCAUGCCGACACCAGCGGACAAGAGGAAGAUUGUGAAGAAGCGCACGAAGAAGUUCCCGCGCUUCCAGGCAGACCGCUUCAAGCGCAUGAACCCGGCUUGGCGCAAGCCCAGAGGCAUCGAUGGCCGCGUGCGUAGGCGAUUCAAGGGCUCCACUCUGUGCCCCAAGAUUGGCUACGGAUCGGACAAGAAGACCAGGUUCCGCCUGAAGAAUGGCUUCUACAAGUUUGUCGUGCGAUGCCCAGCUGACUUGGAGAUGCUGCUCAUGCACAAUGAGAAGUAUGCCGUGGAGGUUGCCCACAACAUCGGUGCCAAGAAGCGCAAGGAGAUCGUGGAGCGGGCAGACCAGCUGCGCUUGUACGUGACCAACCGCAACGCGCGCCUGAAGACAGAGGAGGCAAGCUGAAGAUUGAGGCCAGAGGAGCUGUGUGCUGCCGCAAAGA